AUGACCUAUAUCCAACAACCAAAAGCUGCCGAGUCUUCCACUACUCCCGCCACACUCAGCGCCUCAUCCGCACCUUCCUUUACCUCUUCUGGUGCCACCAGCACCACAACCUUGCCUUUGACAGUCACUCAUAGCAUUUGGCCUUCUCGUAACGUACCAACCCGAUCUAAAUCCAUGCGCCUUCGAUUUUCCCUACUUUCCAGAUUUGAUGCCACACUUUAUUCUGGAUUAUCUAGCACCUCACCUCUAAAUUCUACUCCUGUUGCCGACACCACUACCUCACCUUCCACUUCUGCUUCCUUCGCCUCCAGCCAGUUCCUCCCUACUACCCCAUCUGUUGUUGGUACGUAA